UGAAUAUCGAUCCAGAACAGGAUGCAAGAUCCUGCCGGUCAAACGCCUCGCUGCGCGACACCUUUUGUGUACUUGCUAGUACCUAGUGACUACACAUUCGCUUCAUCAGUCAAUACCACGCCAAGGCAGGCUUCCUCGGAGCCUUGCUAAGGUAUCAUUGCCGACCUCCAAGGAUUCUCGGUUUUCGGUCGUCCGACUAUAUCAAGCUACUUCCAGUGGACACUUUGUGACUGGUCAGUGUGACCAUGCAUUUUCAUGGGCAGUGUUUCUAUGACCUCUUUGAUUGUAUCGACUCUGUUGUAUCCUGGUCAAAGGUCGGCGCAUCGGUCACGGAUCUUUUGGCGUAUCAAUGCCCGUCAAAGUCUGAUAGCUUCCUUUGUCAGACACCAUGUCUGUGGACACACAAAGACCCUGGAGAAACAAACUCGAACACAAUGUCUCCGUACUUUGUGCUCCAGAAACAAAGCAUCAAAGCAUCAUGAUCAAGAACCAAACCCCAAAUAUGCCUCCUAGCGAACUCCUCAGAGACAUGAUCGCCUCCCGUGAAGACUAUGGCGAUUUCGGCGGCGUCAAUUGCGUAGGGGUCAAGCGCCUCCUGGUAGGCCUCGUCGCUGUAUCAACAAUCUGCAUCCUCGCAAUCUACCUCGCAGUCCACUUCCGCAUCUGCCUCGCCCGCGACAAGAAAUCCUUCCGCUCCCUCGCCAUCGACUUUGAGACGCUCAAGAACCAGCACGAAUUCAUCCGCGAGGACUCUCGUAACUUGCAGAUAACGCUCGACUUUUACAUCGAGGAGUACGGUCGGCAUCCGCGCCAUAAUCAGUUGCGGUUCGAGCCUGGGCAGGGGAAGCAGACUUCGGGUGUGACUGAUGUCGUCAGCUCUCCUACGGGUAAUGGACGGUUGCGCGAGGAUGAGGAUGUCUUUGUGGUUGAAGAGCCUUCGCAGAAGGAUUUGAAUGGUGUUGUUGAGGAGGGUGAUGUUGCGGACGGUGGUGAUCGUUUUCCGCGGUUCAGCGAGGAGGAGAAAAAGAGGAAGCAAGGCAAGGUGCCGCGGAUUCAGGCGAUUGCAGCUGGUAUGUAGGAUGUUCCGCUGACGCCUCCCAUUCAGG